UUAUCCCACUCAUCCAUACUAUUUUUUUUAUGAUGUAUAAUAAAAUUAUUAUAUGAUUUUUUUAUAUUAUUUUCUCUCCUAUAAAUAAACACAAUGUUGCCACAAACACCACAAGCUCUUUCAAAAAUGCCCUAACACCCAGAGGUUCUCCACUCGCACAAAAUGAAGAAGUCCGUAGAGAAAGAAAGUGAUAUGUCGAUGAAGUCAAGCGAAGUUCCAGAUGAUCUUGAGGAAAGGGGAAAAUCAAAAAAUAUGGAAAAUCAUGCAGGUGUAUCAAGUUUUCUUAUUCGCCAGCUCGGUCGUGAUAUGUCAAUCAAUUGUCUUCUCCGAUUGUCAAGGUCUAAUUAUGGCUCAGUUGCUGCAUUGAACCAAAAUUUUCGAUCACUCAUUAAGACAGGAGAAUUGUAUCAACUGAGACGAAAAAUGGGCAUAGUUGAACAUUGGGUUUACUUUUCUUGUGACGUCUCUACAUGGGAGGCCUUUGAUCCAAAUCGUAAUCGAUUGAUGCAAUUGCCUAGAAUGACUUGCAAUACAUGUUUUAUGCAUUCAGACAAGGAGUCAUUGGCUGUUGGUACCGAGCUUCUUGUUUUUGGAAGGGAAAUAAAUGGUCCUGCCAUUUAUAAAUAUAGUAUCUUAACUAAUUCAUGGUUAAAGGGAGAGAAAAUGAAUACUUCUAGAUGCUUGUUUGGAUCUGCGAGUUUAGGAGAAAUUGCAAUAUUAGCUGGUGGUUGUGAUAAAGAUGGAAAAAUCAUGAGCUCUUCUGAGCUUUAUAACUCAGAUACUGGAACAUGGGAGAUUCUUCCAGACAUGAACAUAGCAAGAAAAAUGUGUUCUGCUGUGUUUAUAGAUGGAAAAUUCUAUGUCCUUGGUGGAAUUGGAGUUGAUAAAACAACACAGCUAACAUGUGGUGAAGAGUUUGAUCUGAAGACAAGAGAAUGGCGCAUAAUACCUAAUAUGUGCCCUCCGCGAAAUGAAGGAGAUGGUGUGAAUGGUGAGGCACCUCCUUUGAUUGCAGUUGUAAAAAAUGUAUUAUAUGCUGCUGAUUAUGCGCAACAAGAAGUAAGAAGGUAUGUUAAGGAUAAAAAUUCAUGGGUCACUAUUGGAAGCCUUCCUGAGAGAACAACCUCAUUAAAUGGAUGGGGAAUGGCUUUUAGAUCAUGUGGAGAUAAGCUAGUUGUUAUUGGAGGUUCUAGUUUUCAUGGUGGAAUGGUAACAGAAGUUAAUGCUUGGAUAAUAGAUGAUGAUGAAGGUGCUCCUUAUUGGAAUUUGCUUGCCAUAAUUCAAUCAGGGAGCUUCGUGUAUAAUUGUGCUGUCAUGGGAUGUUGAAGUUCUUGUUGCAGAGUAUCUAAAUAAAAUUAAUAAUCUUAAAUUUUUAAUUAGAUGGAUAUUGAUAUGUAGAAUAACUAUUUCCUAUCUUUAUGGGGAAAUUUCAUAUCAUUUGAAAAUCAUCAAUAAAAUUUCAAGAGUUUUAAAUUGCA